AUGGUUCAGAAGCAGCAAUCCACCGCCGCUUUAGGUGCCGAGCCGAAGAAGCGUCGCCGUGUCGGAUUUUCUCCUGCCGAUAUUGGUGUGGAAGCCAACGAGUGCAUCAAAAUUUACCUCGUUUCGAGCAAAGAGGAAUUGGAUUCCACUGAGAUUCCUUGUGUGAAUCCGGUUGAUUUGAAUGAUUUCUUUGAUGGAGAUGGCAAGAUAUAUGGUUACCAAGAUUUGAAGAUAAACGUGUGGAUCAAUAGGAUCUCAUUACAUUCAUAUGCGGAUAUCACAUACCAGAGGACAAUCAAUGGAGACAAAGGCAUCACAGACAUCAACUCUGCUUUAAAGAAAAUAUUUGGUGAGACCAUUGUUGCCAACAAGGAUGAGUUUCUGCAAACCUUUUCUACAGAGAGAGAUUUUAUCAGAAAUAUGGUCUCAAACGGAGAGGUAAUUCAUACUGGAGUGGUAGAUGGAAGCAGCGUUAAUGCUCAAGUGGCUCCUUCAGAUCUCCAGGUUCUACGGAUGGAAAUUGGCUCUCCAAAUGCUGGACUCCUCUAUAGCCGAUUGGUGCCUCUUGUUCUUCUCUUUGUCGAUGGCAGCAACCCGAUUGACGUCACUGAUCCUGACUGGCAUUUAUACCUCUUAGUUCAGAAGAAAGAUGAAAAGGAAGAAGAGCCUUUGUAUCAAAUUGUGGGCUUUACUGCAAUCUAUAAAUUCUAUCGUUAUCCCGACAGGCUACGGAUGCGACUCAGCCAGAUCCUGGUCCUGCCUUCUUUCCAAGGAAAAGGAUUUGGAAGCCAUCUCUUGGAGGUGGUAAACAAGGUGGCCGUAGCAGAAAACGUCUACGACCUGACAGUGGAAGAGCCAUCUGAGAAAUUCCAACACAUUCGCACUUGCAUUGACAUAAACCGCUUGCGUGCCUUUGAUCCAAUCAAGCCAGCCAUUGAUGCAGCCAUUCAGACUCUCACGAAGGGGAAGCUGUCGAAGAAAGCUGAGAUGCCUCGAUUCACUCCACCGUUGAACGCCAUCGAGAACGUCCGUGAGUCUCUGAAGAUCAACAAGAAACACUUUCUCAAAUGCUGGGAGAUCUUGAUUUACCUAGCGCUGGAGCCUAUCGACAAGUACAUGGAGGAUUACACUUCUGUCAUCACGAACCAUGUGAGGACCGACAUCCUUGGGAAGGAUAUUGAAACUCCAAAGAAACAAGUGGUGGAUGUUCCAAGCUCGUUCGCUCCCGAAGCGUCGUUUGUUGUUUUCAAGUCUGGCAGUGGAGAAGAAGCUAAUAGCAAUGUUCAGGUUGAAGAAAACAAACCUGAUCAAGAGGAGCAGUUAAAGCAACUGGCUGAGGAAAGGAUCCGUGAGAUCAGGUUGGUUGCUGAGAGUGUCACCAGCAUUUCCCCUAAUGUUUAA